GCCGGGCCGGGGCGGGGCCGGGCGUGUUUACAUCCGCCGGGGCGCGCCGCCACCACCGCCGCCCGAGGUCGCCGGGCCCGGGUCCGAGCCGUCCGCGCCAUGGACACCAGCGAGCUCUUCGCCAGCUGCAGGAAGGGGGACGUGGGCCGCGUGCGGUACCUGCUGGAGCAGCGUGAUGUGGAGGUGAACGUGCGGGACAAGUGGGACAGUACCCCCUUGUACUAUGCCUGCCUGUGCGGGCACGAGGAGCUGGUCCUCUACCUCCUGGCCAACGGGGCGCGCUGCGAGGCCAACACGUUCGACGGGGAGCGCUGCCUGUACGGGGCGCUGAGCGACGGCAUCCGCCGCGCCCUGCGGGACUACAAGCAGGUGACAGCCUCGUGCCGGAGGCGGGACUACUACGACGACUUCCUGCAGCGGCUCCUGGAGCAGGGCCUCUACAGCGACGUGGUCUUCGUGGUGCACGGGCGGCCCUUCCGGGCGCACCGCUGUGUGCUGGGCGCACGCAGCACCUACUUCGCCGACAUGCUGGACACCAAGUGGAAGGGCAAGAGCGUCGUGGUUCUCCGGCACCCUCUGAUCAACCCAGUGGCCUUUGGGGCCCUGCUGCAGUACCUGUACACAGGCCGCCUGGACGUGGGCGUGGAGCACGUCAGUGACUGUGAGCGCCUGGCCAAGCAGUGUCAGCUGUGGGACCUGCUCAGCGACCUGGAGGCCAAGUGCGAGAAGGUGUCUGAGUUCGUGGCGUCCAAGCCGGGCACGUGCGUGAAGGUGCUGACCAUCGAGCCACCCCCCGCGGACCCCCGGCUCCGGGAGGACCUGGCCCUGCUGGCUGAUGGCGCCCUGCCCCCGGAGCUCCGUGGCGACCUGGGAGAGCUGCCGUUCCCCUGCGCCUGUGCCUUCAACAGCUGCCCCGACGUGUGCUUCCGCGUGGACGGGCGGAACUUCCUAUGCCACAAGGCCUUCUUCUGUGGCCGCAGCGACUACUUCCGGGCCCUGCUGGAUGACCACUUCCGGGAGAACGAGGAGCUGGAGGCUGCAGGCGGCCUCCCGGCCAUCACCCUGCAUGGCAUCUCCCCCGAGGUCUUCACCCACGUGCUCUACUACAUCUACAGCGACCACACGGAGCUGCCGCCCGAGGCGGCCUACGACGUGCUGAGCGUGGCCGACAUGUACCUGCUGCCCGGGCUGAAGCGCCUGUGCGGCCGCAGCCUGGCGCAGCUGCUGGACGAGGACAGCGUGGUGGGCGUGUGGCGCGUGGCCAAGCUCUUCCGCCUAGCGCGGCUGGAGGACCAGUGCACCGAGUACAUGGCCAGGGUCAUCGAGAAGCUGGUGGAGCGGGAGGACUUCGUGGAGGCCGUGCGGGAGGAGGCGGCGGCCGUGGCGGCCCGGCAGGAGACGGACUCCAUCCCGCUGGUGGACGACAUCCGCUUCCACGUGGCCAGCACCGUGCAGACCUACAGCGCCAUCGAGGAGGCGCAGCAGCGGCUGCGCGCCCUGGAGGACCUGCUGGUGGCCAUCGGCCUGGACUGCUGACCGCGGGCCGGCACCGGCCCUGCCCGCCGGGGUGUCCUGGGGGCGGGGGAGGGGGCGCUCCGCAGCGGAGCCCCCGGGGAGGAUGACCAGGGCACCGGGCCCCUUGCGCCCGUCGCACACGCCAGCCUCGCCCGGGCUGGGCAGCACUCAGGGAAAGGGGGGCUCAGCGCCGCCCGCCAGCAGCCCGCCCGGGGGCUUUGCUUCCCCACCCCCGCCAGCUGCGGCCGCGCCCCGGGCGGUUGCUCGGGGCUGUGGGUAGGCUGUGUGGCAAUAAAGCUUGAGUUCACUGUGA